CGCGUGGGUAAUUUACAAGAGAUAAUCUAAAUGUUUAAAAGAAAGAAAUUGCCCGUCAUGAAAGAUAUUAGAUUUCCAGUACACAGAAAAUACAAAGAAAUGCGUGUCUGAGAAAAUUAGUCAAUAUAAAAAACCAAUUAGAAUAGACAGCACCGAGUUCUCAUGUCUUCAACACUUAUUUGGUUGCUGACUUUAUUUUUCGUGUUCCGAAAGGCUUGUGCGUGUGUUCUACCCUCUGAAUGGGAUGGUUUAAUGUAUGACAGUCGUAAAGGAGAUGUGAUGUUAAACCAUGCCGCCUCCAAUGUCCAAUCAGGUUGGAAUCUGACGUCAUAUUCGUCUACUGUGACAUCAUGGACAUGCGUAGAGCAUUCAGGAGACGUAUAUCUAUUCAGUGGCGAUCAAGGAAUUGAUGUGUUCGGAGCUUUACACGCAGGAUAUCUCUGUUUGAACGUGACCGAGAUAACAGAAAAGUCAUUUUACUAUCAAAUAAUCGCAGAUGAACAGGUGAAUGCUGGCAAUGAGCGUGCUAUUGUUGUGCCUACUGGGACCAUUGUAACCAUAGCUAAUCAUUGCUCUGCUAAUAACACACCCGGUGCCGAGGAGUUCCACGUAAUCCUUAAACCAGGCAAUUUGACAGCCACCAAACAGUAUUGUGCCGAUCCAUUUCUGGGAACGUUUACGUAUUCGCAUAACACGGGCAGUACUGAAACCUGUGGUUCCAAUUCGCAGGUGGAUGUUUGUGAAGACAGGACUACCAUGAAGUUUAACUACAGUCUCUGUUCAACAGAACAAGGAUUCUCACAGGAAGGAAUUUUGUACUGUGUCUACUACACACAGAGCGGUUCCGUUUAUUACAACCUGGUCAUUAAUCCUGGAACGCUAGGUGCAGGUCAUCAGCGAUUUACCUGUUAUGCGGUGGCAUCGAAUGGGGGACAGGUGUUUGCCAGCGACGAUGCCGGAAGUUGUGCUAAAGGUCAAAAUCCGUACAAUAAGACUACAGACGGCAGCGGGAUACUGGUUAUGCAACCAUUAGUUUUAUGCCGUAAGUAUGACCAAAAUCAAUAUUGACAUUAAUUUUUAUGUCAUGAAAAUAUCUUUUUUAAAAAUAAAUUAUAUAUUCCAUUGAUUUGAUUAAAUCGGGUCAACGGUAUUAAGCAACACAUUCAUUAUUUGAUAUACAAUUUGAUGUUAAGCUUUCAUAAUAUCAACAACGACAACAGCUGAAUCGACAACACAAACACUGACGACAACAGAUUUCACCGGAAAUGAAACUACACUCUCCUCCAUUGUGACACCGAGCCCGACCUUAACGGAUUCACCGAAUUCUAACCAGACUACCACAAUAGCGGCCUCAGUCACAGUGUCUUUACUUCUGCUUCUCGUACUCACAGCAGGUGUAUUGUUUUGUCUAAAGAAAGAUUGGAGGAGAAAAGUUUUCAAGGCUUGCAAAAAUAAAAUCAAAGACGAAGGUAAGAAAGAAUACCAAGAUAAUAACAACGCAUGGGAGAUAACCAAUCAAAAAUCAAACUCGGAUAAAACUUCAAUGGACAAAGCGACCAGUGGUGAUAAUGUACAAGAAAAA